AUGGCCCCCCCCGCCCCCGCCCCCGGGGCCCCCGGCUCCCCCGCCCGCCUGGCGCGGUUGGUGGACCACGUGAUGGACUUAUUGGCUUGGGGAGACUUCACCAGUGCGGAGGAGGUGUCGAUGGACCCCAGCAAUGCGGGUAUGGGUGCUGACGUGGCGGGGGCGGCGGCGGGAGUGGUGGGGCAACUGGCAGUGCUGGGGGUACUCGGCCGCUUCCCCGAAUACGCCGCCAGCAGCUGCAAGAGCCUGGUGAAGUUGCUCGUCCUGCCUACGCUACAACCACUGCAGUACGGUCAGGGUGGUGGCGGCGGCGGCGGUUCCGUACCGGGCGCUGGCACGCCGCCGGGUGUGCUCGACGUAUCUGCGGGUCAUGCGGCGGCGGCUGUGUGGGCGCUUGUGUCUAACCCGCUGUGCAGGGCGUGGGCGCAGCAGAUACGCUCCGACACCGCGGCCCACCGCGUCCUGCUACUGCUUGUACGGCGGGGUACCCGGGGGGGUACCCGGGCCCGAUACGCGCCCGCACGUGUGUUUGCAGCCGCCACGUUGGGGCAGCUGGCAGUGCAGGUGACUUCGGAGCGGGGGCCCCGGGGCCCCGGGGGAAAUGGUGGCAAUGCCACUGCCGCCACUGCCACUGGAGGAGGCGUACACCAACAGCAGCAGCAGCAGCAGGGGAUGGCGGGUAUGGGUGCCGGCAUGGGGCCGUUGGGGCCAGGUGGACGUGUACGGGGGUACGGCCCUGGAGUGGUGGGAGGAGGAGGUCCGGGCGCGUUGGGAGUGGGACGUGAGCGGCACCCUGGAGGGGUGGGGUUCGGAGCCCAGAUGGGAACCGGUGUUGGAGGGUACGGCGGGGGAGUAGGGGGAGGUGGGGGAGGGGGGCCCGGCAUGGCUGGACGGCAGCGCGCCAAGGAUGUGGAUCCUCAGGAGCAGGCUCGUGCAGCAACCCUGGCAAUGGUGGGGGCGGGGGGAGAUCUGCGCCUGACGUUGGGGUUACAGGUGCGCGCCUACUGUGCGGUGGCCCUGGGCAAUAUUGCCAAUGGGCCGCCGGCGCCGCCAUCAACCGACCUGCCCCCCGACACCGCCGGCGCCGCCACCGCUGCCGCCGCCGUCGACCGCAUGCUGUCGUCCGGGGUAUUGGACUGCCUGACGGCAAUGCUGGAUGAGUGCGGCCGCCUGCUUGCACUUCAACAGCGUCGCCUGCAACAGCAAGAGCAGGAACAACAGCAGCCACUGACGGCCACAGCACCGCCGCCGCCGUCAGUGGCUUCGCCAUCACCGCCGCCGCCGCCUCAUGCCGCCGCCGCCGCCGCCGGCCACGCACCUCAGAAGGAUAGCUCUCCGUACGGCACGUCCUUUGCCGGCGGCGGCAGCGGCGGCGGCGGGGGUUAUCUGAUAUCUCCAGCUGCAUCGCUGCCGACCUCGGCUUCAGCAUCGCUCGCUCUAGCGCCGGCGCUGGCGGCGGCGGCGGCGGCCGCUGCGGCGGCGGCAGCGGCGGCCGGCGGCGCGCCACCCCUGCCGUCGCUGAUUAGUAGCCUGGUAAUGCCGCUGGCGACGCCGCAGGUGGCGCCGCUGGGGGGUCUUUCUUCGCCCUCCAGUCCUGCCGUACUGCGCCCCGGUGGGUCAAGGCAUCAGUUGCUACACCAACAGCAGCAGCAGGUGCCGCCGCAGGGCGGGGUGGCUUCGGAAGCGAGUACGGCAGCUGCGGCGGCGCCGGGGCGUGCGACGUCACGUUUUGCAGCUGAGGCUGCGGCCAAGGCUGCCGCCGUGACGGCGCCAAGCGACGUCAGCCGAGCACCUCGCGGCAGCGGUGGCGGUGCGGCGGCGGCGUUGGCGGCGGCUAGGCGUGACAGCUGGGCGGCUCUGGCGCCGUCGUUGUCAGCGGCGGCUGCCGCCGCCGGCGCGAUCCAGAACCUCAGCGCCAGCCACGUCCCUGCUUGUACGGCGCUACUGCAGGCGGCGGCACCGCUGCCGCCAUCCGUAGCGGCGGCAGUAGCCAGCGGCGGCCGGAGCAAUCGCGACGCCACCGAGGGUGUUGUCAUCCAAAGCUUCGGCGAGUGGCUAGGGAUGAACACAGCCGACCCGAACGAGUCGGCGGUGUACCUGUCGACAGCACCGACGGGGCCCGACGGGGCCCCGACAGGCGGCGGCGCCGCCGCCGCCGCCGCCGCCGGCGGCAGAGCUAGUCUCCAGCGCACUUUCCUUCCCGUUGCGCUGCACCUGCUGUGGCGAUGUUAUCAGUUACUUGACGGCCGUAGCCGUAUGGAACUUCCGGACUCGCUUCCGGAGGCUGACGGCGGCGAUGCUGCCGACGGCGCUGGCGGCCGUGGGGUCGGCGCCGGCGGCAAGAGCGGCGGCAGCGCCACCCCGCUCUUGCUGCUGCUCCGGCUGGCGGUGCUGCUGCUGGGCACGCUAGCGAAUAUGUCCGCGACGCCGGAGGGCAAGGCGGAGCUGUUGCAGCUACUGGCGGCGGAGCCCGCCACCGCAACUGCCGCCUCCGCCGUCGACGGCGCCACCUCUCCCGACAUAGCCGUGUCUGAGGCUGAGGCACAUGAAGAGGUCCGCAGUACAGCGCUGGGGUUGUGCUGCAACCUGCUGGCGGAAGAGCGCCUCACUGGGCCCGACGGCGGCGUCAGCGCCGGCGUCGACGGUGACGCAGAGGCGGAGGCGUCGUUCUGGGACGACGCGCACGCCCUGGAGAAGGAGCUAUCGGAGCCGCCGCGCAGCCGUCGUUCCGUUGGCUCAGCGACGGCACCGUCACGUCGCGUCAGCGGCGGCGGCGGCGGCGGCGGCCGCGGCGGCGUAGCCACGUCGGACAGCCUCCUGGCGCAGAGCCCGGCGGUGGCGGGGCCUGAGGAGUUGAAGUACGGCUCUGUCGUAUUCCGUAGCGACAGCGGUCUUGGGGAACUGGAAGCAAGCGUGGGGCUGGCGUGGCCGACGGCGGCGGCGGUGGGCGACGGCGACGGCGAUUCCACAGCGUCCCACAGCCCGUUUUCUGGCAAAACAGACGCGAACGCGCGCGUGGAAGAUGGCAAUAACGAAGGGAACAGUGGUAAUGUCGCUGCCGCCGACGGAGCCGACGGCGGCGCGUCGGCGGGCGCUUCAUUACCGUCGCCGCUGCAACGACCCACGGGUCGUUCCGUGCUCCUGGACGCGCUUCGCCACAGCCCGGCCGUGGAGGCGCUUCUAGAGGAGUUGUCCGAGGCGGCUGGUGGCCGCGAACAGCGCCUGAUUCGCCACAUGGCCACGUGGCUGUCCCACCUGUGCGCCAACAGCGGCAGUGGCGCCGCCACAUCAUCACCCGAUACGGCCGCGGCUUAG